AUGGCGGCUACGGCGGCGACUGGUGAAUGGGCGGCGCGGAUGCAGAAGAGGAGAGAUUUCGAACUGACGUUUCUACGGCGCCCCAGCGAAACCGAAUCCCACUCCCUCAGCGAAAGCACGCACUCCUCCUCGGCCACCACAACCAUCACAACCACCACCUCCCCCGCCUCGCCCGAAAGCACGCACAGCGCCAAAACCUCCACCUCGUUCGACCAGGUCCACGCCCUGCGUCUCCAGCUCCAGCGCAACGCCGUGCAGAUCGAAGCGAACGAGGCCCGCAUGCGGGAGCUGGAGGGGAAGGAUACGAGGAUGGGCGCGGAUUUGCAGGAGCGGUUGAGUAGUGUCAGUGAGGUGAAUCGGGAGUUGAGUCUGCUGAGGGAGAUGUUGGCGCGGGCGGAGAGGGUGAGUCGGGGGGAGUUUGGGGUUGGGUUUGAUUCGUGA